CCGCCUCGACAUGGCGGCGCCCUGGGCGACCUUCCGCCGUUUGGUGCCGUUGGGGCGCGCGUUGCCGCCGCUGCCGUUGCUGGUGCGGGCCUACGGCGUGCGGGCGUCGGCCACGGGCGAGCUGGUGACGCACACGGGGCAGGUAUAUGAUGAAAAGGAUUACAGAAGAGUUAGAUUUGUUGGACGACAAAAGGAGGUAAACAGGAAUUUUGCAAUUGAUUUAAUAGCAGAGCAGCCUGUGAGCGAAGUUGAAAGCCGAGUGAUAUCGUGCGAUGGUGGUGGUGGAGCUUUGGGACAUCCUAAAGUGUACAUAAACUUGGACAAAGAUACAAAAACUGGAACGUGUGGCUACUGUGGACUUCAGUUUAAACAGCAACGUCAUUGAAAGAUCAUCCCUGCAUAUGUGCAGAUACUUGUUGAGAUGAUGUUUAACUAUUAAUAAACAAUAUGU